GGGCAGCCCGCACUUCCGCCCGAGGGGUGUUGCGACUCACAGCAGCUUCGCGUCCUGGGUGGUGACGUACCUGUUUUUUCUCGGCUAGGUCUGCAGCAACGGACGGAGGCCCGCUGAGCUGCGGAGUUGCAGAAUCUGGCGUUCGGAGCUGCGGUUCUUGGCGAGAUUUCGCGUUGCCCGUCCUGAGCCAUUUCACCGAUAAUCAGCGGAUCGCUUUGCCAAGUGCCGGGAAGAACAAAGGAAUUCGGAAGGAGACGCUCGGCUCCCGGCCACCUUGCUCUGAGUGGCUUCCUUUUCCGCUCGCGCCUGUCCGGACAAACUGGACUUAUAACCGUCACUGGAUUGUAAGUACCCGAGGCGAAGAGAGCUCACUACGCCCCGCUUUUUGCGUAUCUUUGUUCCGGGAGAGUUUGUGGAUUGGGAGUAUCUGCUGAGCCUUACUUUCUGUGCCGAAAACCGUUCCGUAGGAGCCGCCAUUUGCUUUCCCUGCGUUGUCCUGCAGCGGCAUCUAGAGGUUGGAACUUGGUAUUGCAGCUAAUAGAUUUAAAUGGACCUGAGUAAGGCAAUGUGUCAGUAACGACUGGUAUUGUCACAGCAUAUUUAGAAAGACUUGGGGCUUAAUUCAGAAUAGACGCUUAGUUGCUGUUCUACCUAGAACUCUUCGUAAUUAAAGACUUCAAUUUAUAAAGAACUGGACUUUCUGUUGAAAUAGCUGAAAUUUUUUAGUGCAACAAGUGGUUAUUAGAGAAAAAGUGAGUCACAAAGAAAUAAAGAUGAGUAAGAGCAAAGAUGAUGCUCCUCACGAACUAGAGAGCCAGUUUAUCUUACGCCUACCUCCGGAGUAUGCCUCUACUGUGAGGCGGGCGGUACAGUCUGGUCAUGUCAACCUGAAGGACAGACUGUCAAUUGAGUUACACCCUGAUGGGCGUCAUGGAAUUGUCAGAGUGGACCGGGUCCCACUGGCGUCAAAAUUGGUAGAUCUGCCAUGUGUUACGGAAAGUUUGAAAACCAUUGAUAAAAAAACCUUUUACAAGACAGCUGAUGUCUGUCAGAUGCUUGUCUCUACAGUUGAUGGUGAUCUCUAUCCUCCUGUUGAGGAACCAGUUGCCUCUGCUGAUCCCAAAGCAAGCAAGAAAAAGGAUAAGGACAAAGAGAAAAAGUUUAUAUGGAACCAUGGAAUUACUCUGCCUCUAAAAAAUGUCAGAAAGAGAAGGUUCCGUAAGACAGCAAAGAAGAAGUAUAUUGAGUCUCCAGAUGUGGAAAAAGAAGUAAAGCGGUUGCUGAGCACAGAUGCUGAAGCUGUCAGUACCCGUUGGGAAAUAAUUGCUGAAGAUGAAACAAAAGAAACAGAAAAUCAAGGCCUUGAUAUCGCUUCCCCAGGAAUGUCUGGCCACAGGCAGGGCCAUGACUCAUUAGAACAUGAUGAGCUUCGGGAGAUAUUCAAUGAUCUCAGCAGCAGCAGUGAAGAUGAAGAUGAGACACAGCAUCAAGAUGAAGAAGAUAUAAACAUCAUUGACACUGAGGAAGAUCUGGAAAGGCAGCUACAGGACAAGCUAAAUGAAUCAGAUGAACAACACCAAGAAAACGAGGGAACUAAUCAGCUGGUUAUGGGAAUUCAGAAACAGAUUGAUAACAUGAAAGGCAAGCUCCAGGAGACCCAGGACAGGGCAAAGCGACAGGAGGAUCUCAUCAUGAAAGUGGAAAACCUGGCUCUCAAGAACAGAUUUCAGGCUGUGCUGGAUGAACUGAAACAAAAGGAAGACCGAGAAAAGGAGCAGCUCAGCUCUUUGCAAGAAGAGCUAGAAUCACUCCUAGAGAAGUGAAGAGAGUUUUGAUACUUAAUUUCAUUCCUGACAGUGGUCAGCCUUGAAAGGAAAACUUUGUUUUCAUCACCUGGACUAGAUAGUAAAACUUUGCAGUAGUUCCCAAUUUCCUCCACUGCCUUCUAUUGGAUUUGUCUUGUAGACAAAUAUAAUUGUGAAUUUCUAUCUCAUUUGUCUUUUCGAACCACUUUGGUGGGUGUUUGUCCUGUAGGAAGUAGGAAUGUAUAGACAGAUAAAUGUAGGGAAGUUGUAGGAUUAGCGGAGUGAACAGUUCAGUUUAGUAAUUUAUCACAGCUUCACUGCAGGACUUUGCUGCUGUUUCUCCAUUUACCAGAAGCUGCCAUUGCUACUCUGUGAUGCCAUCUGAGAUAAAUUAGUAGAGUCUAGUCUGGUGGCAGUGAAGUUUGUUUACAUAUGUUUUGCCAUGCUGUAGCUAUUUUCCCAGUUAUUCAAAGCAGUUUUCCACAUUUUGCAUUGCAAAUCAUUUCAUAAAGUUGUUUUAACAAAUAAAAGCAAGUAAUUUUCACCUUAUAA